AUGCAGUUCUCCAUUCUCGCCAUUGCUGCCCUCUCGCAGGUUGCUUCUGCCCAUUACUUCUUCGACACCUCCGCUCUCAACGGUGCCGAGUCUAAGUCCUUCCAGUACAUCCGUGACUUCACCCGUCCUACCAAGUACAACCCCAUCAAGUUCUCCUCCAACCCUCCCGCCGACAUCCGCGACAACUCCUUCGUUGACGGUGAUGAUAUCAUCUGCAACCAAGGCGGCUCCAAGUCCGGUGCCAACACUGAGGUUCUUGAGGUCAAGGGUGGUGAUGUGAUCACCUUUAAGCUCGGAGUCGGUGCUAAGAUGGGCCACCCCGGACCUACUCUGGCCUACAUGUCCGAUGCCGGUGGUGAUGUCAAGUCCUACGACGGCUCCGGUGACUGGUUCAAGAUCAUGGAGGAGGGUGUCUGCAACGCCGGCGGUGACUUCACCAAGGACGCCUGGUGCAACUACGAUUCUGCUACCGCCGAUGUCAAGAUUCCCCAGGGAACCCCCAACGGCGAGUACCUCCUCCGCAUUGAGCACAUCGGUAUCCACCGAUCUCACGGCAACCAGCCUGAGCACUACGUCUCUUGCGCUCAGGUCAAGGUUACCGGUGGCAGCGCCGGCAAGGUCGACGCCGAGAUGACCAAGUUCCCCGGUGCCUACAAGGAGACCGAUGAGUACGCUAACUUCUCCAUCUACAACGGAGCCAAGGCUUUCCCCAUGCCCGGCCCCAAGGUCUGGUCUGGCUCCUCCAGCGCCGCCCCUGCCGGUGGUGAUGCCCCCGCUACCGGUGGUGAUGCUUCCGCUACUACCCCCGCCACUGGCACCGAUGCUCCCGCUACCACCCCCGACGCUGGCAACAACGCCCCUGCCCAGGAGACUCCCGCCCAGGAGGCUCCGGCUCAGGGUGGCAACCAGGGUGGUUUCCCCGGUGCCCAGAACUCUGAGUUCCAGAACAACUCUGGUUCCAACAGCUCCCCUUGCCACGCUUAA